GUAUGUAUAGGUAUAUUUUUUUUGUAUAUACUUGGUGCGUAUAAAUUUCCACACCACCCCCGUGAUACUUUAACCUCGGUUAGUGACUGUUUAAAUAAACGGGGAAGAAAAAAAAUAUAUUUUCCAUCAUGUGUUAUACGUGAUAUAUAUAGAUAUAAAUGUAUAUAUAAAUUAUAAUCACCGUGUUAAUUAAAGUACCGUAGCUGCCAAAAAUAUAGUGAGUUUUGCCUUAAGAAAAUCUGGACUCGUGAUAUUUAAACGCUUUUGAAGACCACGGGUCCUAUGAUACAGUAAUGUCAGAACCCUCAUCCUCAUUGUCAACAUCCUCGUCACCGUCUACGUCACUUUCAUCAUCUUCGAAAACAAUCGAGGGCGAUAAACCGAGCGGUAGCAGUCCCAGUCCUGUCGAAGCUGAAGGUGUACCUGGACCCAGUAAUGCUGAAAUCAGCUGUUUGCUGUCGAAGGCUGACUCGGAGGAGUUUGAUGAAACCGAGGAGGCCGGAGAGGAGACCAGUGAAGAAGAGAGUGAAAUUAGUGAAAACGGGCUGUUCUGUGAUCCUGACUGUGAAGAAGAGGUAGCAGUAGACGAUGAUUCGCUGACUACUGAUCCAGAUGUACAGAAAUCAAUAGAUAAUCUUCCUUCUGAUGAUAUGUACAGACAUGUUGUAGCUAUUAAUGUCACUGCCGAAGAACAACAUCCGAAUGAUGAUGUCUCUAAUAGUAUACCAUUGACACUUUUUCAAUCGGUUAGAAAAAGAAAAAGUGAAACGCAAUUUAUUAGUUUGCCAUGUAAAAAAAUUAAUCCAGAGGAUAAGACUAACCAUAUUAUGAUAACUAAAAAAUUAGAUGAUAAAGGAAAACAUGUGAGAUUUGUAAUACCAACGAGAGCCAAUCCACCGCCAGAAAUGAACAACUGGUUAAUUCAAUUCCAAAAAUGGACAAACGCAGAAAGAAUGGUAGCCAUUGAUGAGUUGAUAGAAUGCUGUGAGCCGACGCAAGUUCGGCACAUGAUGCAAGUAAUAGAGCCCCAAUUCCAGCGGGAUUUUAUAUCACUGUUACCAAAAGAGCUCGCUUUGUCUGUCUUGGCAUUUUUAGAGCCCCGAGAUUUAUUACGCGCCGCCCAAACAUGUAGAAAUUGGCGGUUUCUUGCCGAUGACAAUCUUCUGUGGAAAGAAAAGUGCCGAUCUGAGGGCAUAGAAGACCUUAAGGAUGUUUCAUUUACUAAGCGCAAGAGCAAUCGUAGUAAUAGCAUUUGUAGUUCACCUUGGAAACAAGCUUACAUGCGUCAAUAUAGUAUUAAAAUGAACUGGCGAACUAAGCCAAUAAGACCGCCAAAGGUUCUCAAGGGACACGACGAGCAUGUAAUUACUUGCUUACAAUUUUCUGGUAAUCGUAUAGUCAGUGGAUCUGAUGAUAAUACUCUCAAAGUUUGGUCAGCAGUUACAGGAAAGUGCCUGAGGACACUGAUGGGUCAUACAGGAGGCGUGUGGUCUUCCCAAAUGGCAGGUACGACAGUAAUAAGCGGCAGUACGGAUCGCACAUUAAAAGUGUGGAACGCAGAUACGGGUCAGUGCAUUCAUACCCUGUACGGGCACACGUCGACAGUUCGAUGUAUGCACCUUCAUGGUAACAAAGUGGUAAGCGGCAGCAGAGAUGCGACGCUGAGAGUGUGGCAAGUAGAUACCGGAGAGUGUCUACACGUUCUCGUUGGUCAUCUGGCUGCUGUAAGAUGCGUGCAAUAUGAUGGAAAAUUAGUUGUUAGCGGUGCUUACGAUUACAUGGUUAAAGUGUGGAAUCCGGAGCGUGAGGAAUGCCUGCACACGCUUCAAGGCCACACUAAUCGCGUGUACUCUCUUCAGUUUGAUGGAGUUCAUGUUGUAAGUGGAUCAUUGGACACCAGUAUCAGAGUAUGGGAAGUCGAGACAGGGGCCUGUCGUCAUACUUUAAUGGGUCAUCAGUCACUUACGUCGGGCAUGGAAUUACGUAACAACAUUCUAGUGUCCGGUAACGCUGACUCAACUGUUAAAGUUUGGGAUAUUGUUAAUGGACAUUGUUUACAAACAUUAUCUGGGCCUAAUAAACAUCAGUCGGCCGUUACUUGCCUUCAGUUUAAUAGUCAUUUUGUUAUUACGUCUUCGGAUGAUGGAACUGUGAAAUUGUGGGAUGUUAAGACUGGUGAUUUUAUAAGAAAUCUCGUGGCUUUAGAAAGCGGUGGAAGUGGUGGCGUCGUAUGGAGGAUUCGUGCGAGUGAUACAAAGCUUGUUUGUGCUGUUGGGAGUCGUAAUGGUACCGAAGAAACAAAGCUUCUUGUCCUCGAUUUCGAUGUCGAGGCUAAAUAAUUACCUCGUUGUCCGUCGAACCACCUCGUGCCUCGGCUCGUCACGGUAUUUAACACAAAAAUAAUUAAAACAAAUAAAAUAAUAAUUAUUAUUAUAAUAUUAAUAUUAAUAAUAACACUAAACAAUAAUCAUAAUAAUAAUAUUAAUAAUAGUAAUGAUAAUAAUCAUAACAAUCAACUUAUUUACAUACUAAUGAUAAUAAUCGUGAAAAAUUUAAUUCUGUACAUAAAGUUAGGUGAGUUAGAAAAAAAUUGAAGAAAAAAAAUAAAAAUCUGGAUAAUGUGAACGAUUAUGUAUGGUCUGAUUGUGAUAAGACUGUGUGUUAAUUUUUUUAAAAAGAGAUGUGAACAAUCAUAGAGUUAGAUCGAUUACAAGAUCAACAAUUUAUUCAACAGGGUUUUUGGUAAUUAAUCAGAGCUGAGUAAAGAUUAAAAUUAAU